UGCUGGGAACAUCACUUGGCCGUUUCCCCCCUCCUCUCCCUCUCUUAACACCACCCGUGAUAUAGAGAGAGAAUAAAAAAGAAGCAACAUAACAUUCCCAUUGAGCUCCUUUUUUGAAUUUGAGGUGUUGGUUUGCUCAUCAGAGAGAGGUUUUUUAUGUGUUCUUUUGUCUCCCUUUGCACUGUGAAGAAGAUGAAGAAACAGAGCGCUGGAAAGGAAGCAUCUUGUGAGUGGUUUCGCAAUAUCUACUUGCUCUGAGGAGGAAAAAAACAGACAGAAAGGAAGCAUAUUGAGUGAUAUUUCCUGAAGUUUUGUUCAUCUGCGGAGAAAGAAAGGAAGCAUCUUGCUUGAUUUUGUCCCAAGAAAGAAGAAGAAGAAGAAGAAGAACAUUAACUCAUCUACAACUCAUCAAUGGCUAUUCGAAUUGGCCCAACUCAUCUUCUCCUCUUCUCCACACUUCUCCUCUUAAUCCCCUCUUCAACCCAACUCCAAUCCUCACAAACAUGGUCUCUUCUCCAAAUCCAGCGCCUCCUCAACUACCCACCCAUUCUAAGUACAUGGCACAACUAUACCGACUUCUGCUACGGCGACCCGAACCCGUCGGUGACUGUAGUGUGCUAUGAGGAUAGUGUGACCCAGCUACAUAUAGUCGGGGACGGGGCCUCCCCCCCGGCGCUUCCGAGAGCCUUCUCAAUUGACUCCUUCUUCACAACCCUUACGAGACUCCCCGACUUGAAAGUCCUCACCUUGACCUCCCUCGGCUUGUGGGGCCAGCUCCCUUCGAAGAUCUCGCGCCUCACCUCGCUGGAGAUUGUCAACAUGAGCUCCAAUUUCCUGUAUGGAACCCUUCCUAGGGAGAUUUCCCAUUUGAGUAAUCUACAGACGCUCAUACUCGAUCGUAACUUGUUCGGCGGCCAAGUUCCGAGUUGGUUAGGUGCGCUUCCGCAAAUGGCAGUUUUGAGCUUAAAGAACAAUAGCUUCAGCGGGCCACUUCCCAAUUCUUUAUCAAGUAUGGGAUCUCUAAGAACCCUCGUGCUCUCCUCCAACAAGUUAUCAGGGGAUUUGCCCGAUUUAAGCGGGUUGGAGCAUCUCCAAGUGCUCGAUGUGGAGAACAACUCGCUCGGGCCGCAGUUUCCGAAAUUGAGUAGGAAGGUGGUGACAAUUAAUCUGAGGAGGAACAAGUUCGGCGGCGGACUCCCGGCUGAAGUGGGCUCCUAUUAUUUGCUACAGCGGCUCGAUAUCUCCUUAAAUAGAUUCGUUGGUCCUUUUGCGCCCUCGUUGCUAUCUUUACCUUCUAUUAGAUAUCUAAGCAUCAAGGGAAAUAGGUUUACAGGGAUGCUUUUCGAGAACAUGUCGUGUAGUGCGGAUCUUGCGUUUGUGGAUUUGUCUAUGAAUCUUCUUACCGGGAACUUGCCCACUUGCCUGAGUAGUUCAAAGUCGAGUAAUAAGGCGGUUGUGUAUUCGGCUAAUUGUUUGGGGAAUGGGGAUCCAACGCAGCACCCGUACGUGUUUUGCCAGAACCAGGCAUUGGCGGUGGGGAUAUUGCCAGAGGAGGAGGAGAAGAAAUCAGCGAGCAAGGCGGGUGUUGUAGCUGGCGCUGUGGGCGGUGUUGUUGGGUGCGCUUUGGUUGUUGGGUUUUUAAUCUUCUUCAUAGUGAGGAGAACGAGUAUGAGGAGGGCAGUUCAGAGGCCUCCAAGAAGGUUAAUAGAGCAUGCGUCGAGCGGGUAUCCUUCCAAGUUGUUGGCUGAUGCAAGGUAUAUAACACAGACAAUGAAGCUUGGGGCACUCGGUGUUCCGUCUUACCGAACAUUCUCCUUGGAGGAGAUUGUAGCAGCUACAAAUAACUUUGAGACCUCAAAUUUCAUGGGAGAAGGUUCCCAUGGUCAGAUGUACAGAGGGAGGCUUAAAGAUGGUUCCUUGGUAGCAGUAAGGUGCUUGAAACUUAAAAAGAACCAGACUUCCCAGAACUUCAAUCGUCACAUCGAACUUAUAUCAAAGCUUAGACACCGCCAUUUAGCUAGCGCCCUCGGGCACUGCUUUGAAUACCACCUUGAUGAUUCCACACUCAGUAGAUUUUUUCUCAUAUUUGAGUACGUAUCCAAUGGAACUUUGAGGAGCAACAUUUCACAGGGGGCUGCAGGACAGAAGCUUACGUGGACACAAAGAAUAUCAGCUGCCAUUGGUGUGGCAAAGGGUAUUCAGUUCUUGCAUGGAGGUAUCAUGCCCGGCUUGUUUGCGAAUAAUCUCAAAAUCACAAAUAUUCUUCUUGAUCAGAACCUCGUUGCCAAAAUCAGCAGCUAUAAUUUACCUGUGAUAUCAGAGAAUAUGAAAAUCGAGCUAGGUUAUGGAGGAUCUUCAAAUGGGUCAAAGGAAUCUAUUGAUAGGGCUAAACAUAGGGAUAAGAUCGACGUCUAUGACUUCGGUGUAAUUUUGUUGGAGAUUGUAUGUGGAAGGCCAAUUACAGCACACUAUGAAGUCGAGAUAAUGAAGGAUCAGCUGCAAUUGAGCAUAACAGUCGAUGGGGCCGCGAGGAGGAGAAGCAUUGUCGACCAAGCAGUGAGCAGGGCCUGUUGUGAUGAAUCUUUGAAGACCGUAAUGGAGAUAUGCAUGAGAUGCUUGUCGAAGGAGCCAUCGCAGAGGCCGUCGGUCGAGGAUGUGCUGUGGAACUUACAGUUUGCCGCGCAGGUCCAGGAGGCGUGGAGGGGAGAUUCUCUGAGCAGCGAAGAAUCCCCGCUCUCCCCUUCAGUGCCACCCAAGUCAUUGUGAUCGCCCCACCGCCAACUGUGGUCGCAAUGAUGAAAGUCUAAAAUGAUUGUUAUGUUAAUAUGGCUUGUGGUUAUUUUGAUUGAUUUUGGUUGGUAAACGAGUUUUAUGGUUGUAUAUUAUGCUUAGAAGCUAGAAGGCUACAAAUUAUGGUCGAACUGGGAACUGUGGAAUGAGGUAAGAGUAUCAUGUUCUAAAUUGUGUUGGUGCAAUAUGAUAAAUGUGUAACUUGUGCAGGCAAGUUCAUUUAUUUUUUAGAAA